CAAAAUUUCGAGCAACUCCAAAAACAUUCCGGGUCCAUCUAAAUCUCGUCAGUCUCUCAUCCAGUUCUCAUCUAUACUUAUUCACCUCAACCAAACGUCACACCAAUUGCGCUAUAUCCGCCUUUUGUUUUUCUUUCCCCCCCCUUCGUUAUAGACAAGAUAGGCAGACCGGGCAGCCAGCCGAGGAAAACUAGAUAAUUAUGCUGGCCAGUCGUUUAAUACCGCGGGCCGCUGUGCGAUCUGCUUUCCGCCCUUCUUCUCUUCCCUCAGUAGUCUCACCCCUAUCGCGAUGGAGAAGGGGAUACGCUACCGAAGCAGAAGAAAAAGAUCUAGUCAUCAUCGGCGGUGGAGUGGCCGGAUAUGUCGCAGCUAUCAAGGGUGCACAGGAGGGCUUGAAGGUCACUUGUAUUGAGAAGCGCGGCAGUCUCGGCGGUACCUGUCUCAACGUUGGAUGCAUCCCUUCGAAAUCCCUCCUCAACAACUCGCAUUUGUACCAUCAGGUCCUCCACGACACUAAGCUCCGAGGUAUCGAAGUCGGCAAUGUCCAGCUCAACCUGCAAGCUAUGAUGAAGGCCAAGGACACCUCUGUUACCGGCUUAACCAAGGGUAUCGAAUAUCUCUUCAAGAAGAACGGUGUCGAGUAUAUCAAGGGUACCGGCUCUUUCGCUAGCGAGCACGAGGUUAAAGUGAAGCUGAACGAUGGCGGCGAGACGAGCGUGGUUGGCAAGAACAUCCUCAUCGCUACCGGUUCCGAAUCGACACCUUUCCCCGGUCUCGAAUUCGACGAGAAGCGCGUUGUCACUAGCACCGGUGCCCUGUCCCUCGACAAGGUUCCUGAGAAGAUGAUCGUCAUCGGCGGUGGUAUCAUCGGUCUUGAGAUGGGUUCCGUAUGGUCGAGAUUGGGUGCCAAGGUUACCGUUGUCGAAUUCCUCGACCAGAUUGGUGGCCCCGGCAUGGACGCUCAGAUUGCCAAGGAAGCACAGAAAGUGCUCAAGAAGCAGGGCAUGGAAUUCAAGCUCGGCACCAAGGUCGUCAGUGGAGAGAACACGGGCGACAACGUUAAGCUCCAGGUGGACUCUGCUAAGGGUGGCAAGCCCGAAUCGCUCGAGGCCGAUGUUGUCCUGGUUGCCAUUGGUCGCCGCCCCUAUACUGCCGGACUCGGUCUUGAGAACAUUGGCUUAGAGCUCGACGAGCGCGGCCGUGUCGUUAUCGACUCCGAGUACCGCACCAAGGCUUCUCACAUCCGCUGCAUCGGUGACUGCACAUUCGGCCCUAUGCUUGCCCACAAGGCCGAAGAAGAAGCCGUGGCCGCGGUCGAGUAUAUCAAGAAGGGUUACGGCCACGUUAACUACGGCGUUAUCCCGUCUGUCAUGUACACGUACCCCGAAGUCGCUUGGGUCGGCCAGAACGAGCAGGAACUGAAGUCGCAGAACAUCCCCUACAAGGUCGGAACGUUCCCCUUCAGCGCUAACUCCCGCGCCAAAACCAACCUGGAGACGGAGGGUUUCGUCAAGAUGAUUGCGGACCCCGAGACGGACAGGUUACUAGGCUGUCACAUCAUCGGACCUAACGCUGGCGAGAUGAUCGCCGAGGCUACCCUCGCGCUCGAGUACGGUGCUUCGACGGAGGAUAUCGCGCGCACUUGCCACGCCCACCCGACGCUCGCCGAGGCUUUCAAGGAGGCGGCAAUGUCGACUUACUCCAAGGCCAUCCACUUUUAGUGGGAAAGGUCGAGAGCGUGUAAAUAUAGAGAAAAGAGAGAGAGAGAGAGAGAGAGAGAAGGAUGGUAUGAUGUAGAUGAAAAAAAGGGGGUAUGGCUGACUACUAACACUACCCCUGAAAAGAAAAAUGAAAAAAGUUAUCAUCAAGGCAGGCAGGAAGACUAGCAUCGGUGUAAUGGUGUACAUUAAUACAGCAUGUGGACAAGAUAAAGCAAAGUGAAAACUACCUAUCUACUAUAUAAGUGUGGUGCAGUACGUUACAGUGCAGCGAUGUGUCGUGUUUUUCGAAGAGCCUCCUUUGAAAAAGGGGU